UCAGCGAGAGCAGUGCCUGCGGCCUCGUGUUAGUGCCUCAAUUCCGUGCUCACAUGGCAAGUGAUGGUGGCACCGGUACCGCCGGUACCUCGAGUGGGACAAAAGCCAACAAGCGCCGCUACUGCUGCGUCAAAGAUUGCCACAGCCGUGAAGGACAGCCUGGCAUCCGAUUGUUCCGUUUUCCCGGCCAGCCGUGGGAGAAAGAACGGCGGAGAAAAUGGAUUGUUGCCGUUCGGCGAGUGAAUGAGUGUGACGGCUCUGCUUGGAUCCCAAGUGAUGCAGCAAGGGUGUGCUCAAAGCACUUCGUCAACGGCGAAAAGAGCAACAUUGCUGCACAUCCAGGCUACUACCCUACCAUUUUUCCAGAUGCAUACAAGUCCCGUCCUGUGGACGCAGAAAGAGCACUGUCAAGAUAUGAACGAUGGAACAGAAGGGCAUCUGCUGCAAGGCCGGCAAAUCCUCAACACACAAGUUCCCUCAGCACGACUGAAGCAGAUCUUGGUGACAGUGAGGACACUGCUACCUCCAGUGCUUGUGCAAAUGGCUUGGAGCUUCUCUGCACUGCCGCUGCAUUGGUACAAGAACGAACUGCAGACCAGGCCUGCCAGACUGAUGAUAAUGACACCUGUGGAGGUUUGGUUUUGUUUUUGUGCUCAUUAGAUGGGCAUAACACAAGCACACAGGUGUCACACAGAACUGUUCGUGAUGCAGAAGUUCAGUGCAGCCCUUCAACCACUUCACGCCACAGUGGGCCAAACCAGAGAACUUCUUGUUUCAGUGGCUAUGAAAGCGUAAAAUCAUGCUCUUCUGCCAUGAGAGAUCUCUGUGGUGUCACAUUGGAAAUGUAUGCAGUUUUAUUUGCGCUGCUGCCUGUCGCUGCUGACCGCUCAUGUGAUGUUUCCAUGCAUGACAGACUCCUGCUUUUUUUAAUGAAGCUAAAGUUGGGCAUUACGUACUCAUCACUUGCCAUUUUGUUUUCUGUAAGCAGAAUGACUGCUGCAAGGCAUUUUAAUAGCGUGCUUCGCACAUUGGCUGCCGCAACUCAGAAAUGGAUAUUCGUUCCACCCAGACACAUCAUCAGGUCUCUAAUGCCCAAUUGCUUCAAAGUACACUACCCAAAUUGCACCAUGAUUAUAGAUUGCACGGAGGUUCCCACAGAGCAGCCAGCUUCUGUAGCACAGCAGAGGGCACUCUAUUCAAACUACAAGGGUGGCUACACGCUGAAGUUUCUUGUAGCAAUCACACCCAAUGGAGCUGUCUGUUUUCAUUCUAAGGCAUAUGGUGGAAGGUGUUCUGAUGCUUUCAUCACAGUGCAUUCCGACUUCCUCAAAGAAGUAGAACCAGGCGACAUGAUCAUGGCUGAUAAGGGGUUUCCUGGCAUUACCACGGAUCUCGGGAAGGCAGGGGCUGUACUUGUUAUGCCUCCUUUUCUCAGAGGCCAGGGUCAGUUCUCGGAGGCCGAUGUACAGCAGACUUAUAACAUUGCAAGAGUGCGAAUUCAUGUGGAACGUAUGAUCCAGCGGAUCAAGAUGUACAAUGUUUUAAAUACACGUGUGCCCAUUGAAUUGAUUCCUGCCAUGUCCGACGUUUUCCAUGUGUGUUGUGUACUGGCUAAUAUGCAGCCUCCAAUAAUAAAGGAGCCAACGACUGCAGAAUCUUAAGUCAGCCGAAUUUGGGUAUUUCAGUCAGCUUCAUUUCAAGUGUUAAAUA